UCCAGUACUGUCUUCCUAGUCUGAGAUUCCGUUGGCAGUUUUGGAAAACAGGAAAAAGGCAAGGACAUAAGGUUUGGAAGAAUGGCAGGACCUUAAGCAUGCUCGAACCUUCCUGUUUUCAAUGUCGCAGACUCCUGACAAAUCAACCUGCGCACAAUGGAUGCCCAGGAUGCACUCCAGCUCCACCCAGUGCUGCCUGUGUGUGGUGGGAGUCUUCAUGUUCCUCAUGGGGGUCAUCAUGCUGUCAACUGGAGUAUGUCUUAUACUUAAUUAUGGCUACUUUGACAAUGCAUUGUUCCCCCCUGAAUUACAGAGCCAGGAAGGCAAAAGAACUGUUGGUAUUAUACUAACUGUCUCAGGAUUUGCUGCUGUUUUUAUAAGUGUCCUUGUGAGUUCCAUAUAUUUGUGUUCACGGAGUAAGACACCAUCUGUGCAUUCAGAUGAACUUAAUAAUAUACCAAGUUCUGGUAGAAAAUCCUCUGCUGGAAGUAGAAAUAAAGUUGCUUCUACUGAUGCUGCAGCUCCAGUGAAGCAGAAACCAUCAUCCAAUGCUGCACCAGCAGCAUCAAAACCUCAAAAUAAGGGCAAGGACAUGCAUUCCACAGCAGUGCCUCGUGCCCGACAUCCAAGAAAACGCAAAAAGCAGAGAAUACUCCAGAAGAGCAAAUUAGAAGGCAUCCAGGAGGCAGAUGCCAUUUCCAGAAAAUUCUCAGAAAAAGACAUCAAUAGUUCUAUUGAUGCAACAGCCAUCGAUGAAGUGCACAGCGAAAAAAACUCUCAGGAAGAGAACGUAGAAGCCAUAGCAAUGCCAGAAGUGUUUUAUAGUGCAAGUGAUAAUACUGUGUUAGUCUCAUCUUCAAAUUCCGUAGCAUCUAGUGAUGACUUGCCACAAGUGGACAAUCCAGCAUAUACAGAAGAAAAAAUCAGGAAAGACUAUGACCAGUCUUCCACAUCAAGUGGAUUUACUGGGUCAGAGAAAACAGACAGUCUCUACAAAGUAGAGGCAAGUAUUGAUCACCCUAUGUGAUUGUACAAGGCAAGGAUUUAAAAAAAAAUUAAGGGGGAGGGGGAAACAUAAAACUUCACUUCAUGUAGUCUACUGCAGAUUAAGAAGGACAUUUCUUCAUCAGCAAGGAAGCUGGUCUUCCUCCCCAUAAAUAUAUAUAAAAGUAGUUCAUAUUUACCAAAUAUAUAUGUUUGAAAACUUAUAAUGUGAUAAAA